AUGGCUAGUAUCAGCGCCUCGCCCUUCUCCUUGAGGCCUUGGCCCACCGGCGACAAGAAACCAAAGAACCUAUCCGAAUUCAUAUCCCGAGUCAACGCCGAGCGUAAUGGAUUUCGCAAUGUUACCGAGGCCAAACUGCGCGAGGAGAUCGCCGCCCAGGAAGAGGGGCGCAUGGAUGUUGAUGCAGCCGAGGGCUCAACCGACGACGAGGAGGACCCCGAGACAGACAAAUCCAAGGGCGUUAUAGCGGCGCGCGAUGAGUUCCUGAGAAAUCUCGAGUUCGCCCACCAAUCUGCCCUACUAGGCCUCGACUUCAUCUCCCUCCUCCUCUCGAAAGAAACACCAGUUCAAACUGCCAUGACGUUGUCACCUGCACUGCGAGAUCUGGUCGGUAUCGGUACACUGGGAGCUUCGAAGCUCGGGGAGUCGAAUGUGACCGAAGCCAAAGUUCAGGACGAUCUGGCUGUUGCGACCGGAUGGAGAGUCAUGGACACCAACAACAUGGUGGACUCGGUUCUGGCCGCUGCCGAGCGGCUGGAGAAAGAGAUCGAACUCGAGACCAAAUACUGGGCCGAUGUCUUGUCUGUCAGCGAGGACGGCUGGCCAGUUUGCCCUCUUCCCCGAGAGCCACAAACCCUGGGAGUCCGCUUCGGCUUUGCCGAGUCUGCCCCCGAAUUCAGGAACAACAGCAUUGCGCCUCUGAUCCGAAAGGAUGACGGGACUGUUCAUCUAGGUAUAGGCAAGCUUGGUGCAGGGUCACAAAGGGUUCGCAUCACCGUCAAGAAAGAUGGCAAAAUCGUGGAUCAAUCGCCUCUCCCCCAACAAACAUCUGAUGAUGCCCCUCUGAAGGACCGAGUUCUCGAGGCUAGAAAUACCAUAUAUCACCAGGAGCUAUGGUAUGAGCUCAACCGGGAGGCUCGCACUCUCCUUUCCUCUGACGUAUACUACGACGGUUCGAGCAUCACUUGGAAGCAGAAUUCGCAAACAGACAUGAUCUUCACACUGGAAGAGCUAGCCGAAAAGGACGAAAGGCAUACGAACUUCAAUUUGGCCACUUGCUCGUGCAUCGCGAGUUCUUGCUUUAUGCAAUACCUCCUUUUCCAGGGACAUCGACAGAGUUACUUCAAGCGCACCUCCAUUACGUCGCAGCCGCCAAACCCCGUGGCCGCAAUCCAGCCUUACAGCAUCAUUCGCGCACUGAUUGCCCGGUUCCGGUAUUUCGACGAUAGCGCGAUCCUGGAGAAUUUCCUUGAUGAAUUGGUCCUUGUUCUGCGACGCGCGGGCAUCUCUACAGCAUCCUACACCUCGACUAUCUUGUACCUCGGUCCCGACUCGUCUCAGACGGCAAAUGGCCGCCACAACGCCAGAAUGGAAGUUGAGGGGAUCAACCGGGUCGUUGCGCGUCUCGCGACCUUGUACACGCUUACAACCACACCCGAAGCGCGAAUCUGGACUCACAGCCGCGCCCAAGUGGUGCCGUGGAUUGGCGUAACCUACGGCAUGACAGUGAGCGAUCCGUUUACAGACCCGCAAGUCGCCAAACAAUGGGAGAUUCCGUACAACGGUGCGUCAUCGGAACAAGAUCAACCGCAGAACCCUCUAUCGGAUUCGUACCCUCCAGCUAGAGACGUUUAUCCUGGUUCCAGCAACGCCGUCUACUACCACCAACAAGCCACCGUCCGAGGUCUAGCCCAGAAAAUGGCCGAAGUAGCCGGGAAGAACCUCGGCAGGGACGACAUCGACUGGAACGACACGAUCCGCGGUAUAUGCAUCACAAAUGGCAGGGGCAGAGAAGUCACGAUCAGUAUCUCAAGCGUCGACAAGAAGCUGGAGCUCGUUCUAGAUGGGCAGUGGCCUUCUGGCACUGGACGUGCCACGCGUCGUUGGACUUGGGGAGCGCAUGGUGAUGAUGCGGGUGAGAGUUUGGAGGCUGUCGUGGUGAAGGUCCUGGGAGGCAACGUCUAG